UGGGCCUUUUUCUAUAGAACGACGACGCUUUCUGAGCUCAUCGUCUUCACUACUACGCAGCAGGGGAAGAGACUCUCUAAUGGCGCCUAAGCUUCUCUCCUCCAGUAACUUCAAAUCUCUCUUCGACUCUGUUGACACUUUCCUCUUUGACUGCGAUGGUGUUAUAUGGAAGGGGGAUACGCUCAUCGAUGGCGUCUCUCAAACUCUCGACUUACUCCGAUCCAAGGGUAAAAACAUUGUCUUUGUGACGAACAACUCGAUGAAAUCGAGAAGGCAAUACGCAGAGAAGUUCCGAUCUUUGGGUCUAACUUCUGUUACUCAGGAAGAGAUAUUUUCUUCGUCUUUUGCGGCAGCUAUGUACCUCAAAGCCAACAACUUCCCCAAGGACAAGAAGGUUUAUGCGAUUGGUGGAGAAGGCAUUCUUGAGGAGCUUCAGCUUGCUGGUUUUACAGGUCUUGGUGGUCCUGCAGACGGUGAAAAGAAGGCGCAAUGGAAAUCAAACUGUCUCUUUGAACAUGAUAAAACCGUGGGAGCAGUUGUGGUUGGACUAGACCCCAACAUCAACUACUAUAAGCUUCAGUACGCGACGCUAUGUGUACGCGAGAAUCCGGGAUGUCUUUUCAUCGCAACCAACCGUGAUGCGGUUGGACAUAUGACGGAUCUUCAAGAAUGGCCUGGUGCUGGUUGUAUGGUUGCUGCCAUGUGUGGUUCAACCGAAAGAGAACCAAUAGUGGUUGGUAAACCAGCUACUUUCAUGAUGGACUUUCUGAUGCAAAAAUUUGGGACAGAAACGUCGAGAAUGUGCAUGGUGGGUGAUAGGCUUGACACUGAUGUAUUGUUUGGACAGAACGCUGGUUGCAAAACUCUCCUCGUCCUAACAGGGUGUACAAGUGAGUCUAACCUACUAGACGAGAGAAACAAGAUUGAACCAGACUAUUACACAAGCAUGGUCUCUGAUAUCACUAAACUUAUGGACUCCCCUUAGUAAGUAAAAGGGCAUCAUCACCAUCUUGGUCUAACCCUGAAACAGUUUUGGGUAUAUAUGGCAAGAUGAAAUUUCUGAUUUUUUUUUGCUUUACUGUAAUAAUCAAUCUGGUGAUCUGUUAUACUAUACAUCAACAGAAAACAUGGCUUUAAUAAAAAGUUGAGUUGAAUUCA